AUGGCUCCGUCAUCGUCCGAUCACGAUUCUUCACCGAAGAAAGACAAAGAGUCCUCCACAUCCGCCACGGAUGGAAAAACCAAUACCAUCGCCAGCCAACAACAUCCGCCGCCUCCAUACCCUCCUGGUGUCGGCUACAAUUAUCCACAAACCAUGGGCUACCCUCCUCCCAUGGGUCAGUACCCGCCCGGCUACCAAUACCCGCCCGGUUACCAUUACAAUUACAAUUACAACAACUACAACUACGCGGCACAAGCACCGCCGGCGGCCUACUAUUACAAUCACGGCGCCGGUGCGUACCCAACCCAGGAGGAGAUGAACGCGGCGGCCAAUUUUGCCCGAGGAUUCCUAAUAGGAAUGAUGCUCUUAUUCUUCUUCAUCUUCGCCUCCACGAUCCUCUUCUGGGUGGUGCUCCGCCCACAGGUUCCAGAGUUCCACGUCGAGUCCCUGACCGUCGCCAAUUUUGAGGCCAAGGAGUCCAGCUUCGCUGCGUCGUGGGACGCCAAUUUGACGGCCCGGAACCCGAACACGAAGAUUCGACUCUAUUUCAACCAGAUCGAGACCUUCAUGUUCUACGACGACCAGCCCUUGGUGUCCUCCUACGCCAACCCGUUCUCCCUGGAGACAGGGGCGGCGACGGGGAUGGUAACGAAGCUGGCCACCAACAGCUCCGUCGACGAGGAGGCGGAGGACGACGCGGUCGAGAAGAUGGCGGAGGAGUAUGGCUCCAGAGGGGCGGUGGAGUUUAGUUUGAGGAUGGCCAUGUGGACAACGUUUAAAUCGGAAUCGUGGUGGACGCGGCGGUCGACGGUGAGGGUGUUUUGCGAGGAGUUGAAGGUCGCCUUUGUUGGGAAGACAGGGAAAGGGAGCCUGGCUCCCGACACCAAUAGGGAAUGUUUGGUUUUUGUUUGA